GAACAAUUAAACUAUUUUCUUAGUACGUACUUAAGAAUAUAGUGAGUAAUAGCUAGCUGAUCCAAGAAAUGGCCAUUGAGAACCUGUUCACGUUAGGCAAAAUCUACAAUGCCACUGGAAUCAAACUUUCUGGGCGGCACCAUGACUGGUAUGGUGCGUAUGGAAGUCAAGGAUACCCAGCACAGCUGGAUCGAGGACAGAAGGGUUGGUUUAUUCAUCUCGGAUCUGUUCCAGUUGCAGGACCACCUGCUCGUUCAUCAGGGGCCAUCGUCUAUCGUGGCCAUAUUAAUGACGAAAUUGAGUUUGAUUGGAUUGUGGCGUGGGACAAUCAAAUCAAUUCCCCGAAUAAAGUAUACACUUCAGUCAGGGCACCAGUCCUGAAGCCCGUUGAUUGGAACGAGAUACAGCAAGAGCUGAUCAAUUCUAAGAAUGAAAGCACUAGCAGCGAUGGUGGAUUAUUGGCCCAUGUGUCAAUUGGUGAUGGCAAUUUUCCUGUACUUCGGGCAGUACUCUCACCACAAGCACCUUCCAGGAACUAGGCUGCCAUCUGGCACUAGUCAUAUAAUAUAUAUAAUAUAUGUGCAUGCAUGCUUGCAUGUAUGGUAUGUGGAAUAAUGCCAUCAUAUACAUAUGUAUGGCCACAUUUUAUGUUAAGUGUAUUGUAUGCUAAGGCUGCCUAGCUGUAGCUGAUGACAGUCAUAAUUAGUAUACAAGGUGUGUGGAAUAAUGCCAUUGUGGUUUAUGACAUGGCAACUUUAUGUUAAUUUUAUGUUAUAUAUGCUAUGGCUUUCAAUGAAUAUUAUUAAAUUAUAUUA